AUAUAAUCUAGAGCCUCACGGCGUUUCAUGCAUUCCAUUGACCUAAAUAUAUAACGCGACCAGCCAAUCGGAUCGCAUGGAACAUAAACAUUUCUGCCUAAACCGGUGAAAAAUGAAUGAGUAACAAAAGCCUCGGUGGUGGGAGUGCUUGUUGUGUGCAGUAAUAUACACGGCGCGGUGGAAGCGUGCACACACGAUAUUCACAGGUUUUGACAACAACUAUGACGUCAGAAAAAGAGGAGGACGAUGAAAAGAAAUUGGAAGAAAAAUUAAAAGAACUAGAGGAUGACUCAGACUUUACCCAACCAAUGGAAACGGGAGUCGUGCUGCCAGACCCGGACAAGAACAACAAGAAAAAUCUGGUGUUUGACGAGGAGCGAUUUGAGGAUACCUUCCUGAAAUGCUUGAUAUGUAGGGAAACCUUUGACGAGGACGAGAAGAUGCCAAAAAUGCUCCCCUGCCAUCACACGUUUUGCCUGGAUUGCCUGAAGCAAAUGUUUCGGGUGGAGGGCGAAUUCCGACGUAAUCUUACGUCAGCAUUUCGAAGCAUGCCAUAUGCAGUUAAAAUAUCGUGUCCAACUUGUCGCGAAGGGCUGAUUGCUUCAGAGGCUGAGAUUUUACGACUGCCAAACGACCAUACAGUGAGGGAACUGGUAGCGUUUGUCAGGUGCACCGGGAAAGCUGACGUGGCUUUUUGUAAGAAACACCAAAUGCAGCCGCUGAAUUUCUUUUGUGAGCCCUGUAUAACCCCCGUGUGUCGAGAUUGUACUGUGAUUGACCAUAAAGAGAAAACUGGACACGUUGUUAUGAACGUUGAAGAGGCCCUCCAUAAAUAUGUCCCAGUUCUUGAUGAGACAUUGACAGAGAUGGAGAACGAGGAGAAAACCUUGCAUGACAAACGAACGGCUCUGGAGAAAGCCGCAGACAACUUGGAACAGAUACAGAAAGAGCUGGGGAUUCAAAUCAGGCAGACGUUUGAUCGAAUCCGUGACGCCAUUGACGAACGGGAGCGGGAACUCUACUCAGCCGCUGAACAUGAAAUCGACAAAAAGCGCCAGGAAAUAUCCGACCAGUUAGAACUAGCAUUAAAUCGUGAAGAAACUUUCAAAUCCGAAAGAGUGAAAUUAAAGAAUGCCAAAGAUAACAAAAACAUAGCUGCCAUGUUUUCCAAUCACCAGUCAGCGCGAGAAGCGCUCAUGGAAAAGGUUACAAUCCACGGGCCUUCUCGUGCAAUUCGAGAUUUCGCCGUGAGUUUCCAGUUUAACAGUCGUCAGGAAAAUAACAUUCGACAUUACAUAUCUAACUUUGGUGACGUCACAUUUAAGAAUGCGUAAUUCUUACUUUACUACCGAAGAAUCUGUAUCAGGUUCUUGAGGAUAAAUGAUGCAGCCAUUCAACUCGUACAUAUUACUUAUUUAUUUAGUUGGUAUAAAUUACUUGUAUUCUUUUAAAAUCCUAAUGUCAAUUAUGUGAUUUAAUAAGGUUGCCCUUCUCUCAGUUUUAUAUUCUUUAUGGGAUUUGUGAGAAUAUCACGGUUCAUUAACUUCUCUAUCUUAUACAUGACCUAUAUCAUAGUAACUUUUAAUGUAUUUUAAUCCUAGUACUGGUGUAACUUGUACAUGUAGGUCUAUAUUAGGAUCAUAAUUCUUAUAGUGGUGCGCUGGUCCUGUUAUCAUGAAAGAUAAGUCUAAAUCUGUAUUUAUAUCCAAAACUAAUGAGGUCAAAUAAAAUACAAUGCAAGACUAUCACUAGAGUGAUGCUAGUUUCAUUUGUUUGACCCAUGAUAUCAAAAUCCACAAUUUUUGAAGCAGUUCAGAAAGACUAUUAUAUGGGUUACUUCCCCUGUUUAGAUAUUAAAAAAAAAAAGAAAAACUAAAUACAACGGUGAUGUGUACUUUUCUAAAGAAACCCUUAUUUUGAGUAGCUUAAUGUAUCUUUUUACUAAGAGCAUUAUUAGAAGUGAAAAAUCAAUCAUUUCCAUUAAUUGAAACCCAAGCAGACAGUAAGCAAUACUUAAUCAACGGAUUGUGCACGUGACUCCGUAAAAAUAAUAAUUCUAUCAUAUAGUCUUUCAAAAUUGAUAUCAUUUUUUUAAUGAACUGCAGCAUUAUCGAUGAAAUGUAAUACGGUUCUAAUAUACACUGUAGGUUCGACCGUCAAUCCCAUAGUGUGAUAUUAAUUACAAGUGACUGACAGUUAUUAGAAAGUUGAUAUUGUAUAGGUUGAAUGGUGUUUCAUGUACUUGUAAUUGAGGAUUUUUCUACAAAAAGAAACAUAAAAGGUAAUGGUCUCCUCAAGGUGUGAUCAUGCCUAAUACAUUUUACUGUCUAGUCAGCACAGGGAAAUGUCGACCAAAUAUUUUGCUUUAAUUUCUGUAAAUUAAUUAUGCGCAUUUCCAUUUUUGAAGGUGUGAUUUUUGAUAAUCGUAUUUCAUGUUUUGCUUGCCAUUGUUACCCAGAUAUUGAUGUAAUAAAUUAAAGCUUUAUCAACAUUUC